GAAAAACUGGACGUAAGGAUGAGCAGCAAUGAGCAGCAAGCUGACGGCGAGGAUGAGAAGCCGCCAUAUGCAUUUUUCUUUGGUGGAAUGGGAGCUGCAUCGGCCAUAAUAUUCUCCUCGUUGGGUGCAUCAUUUGGCACCGCCAAAUCGGGAACGGGAAUUGCUGCCAUGGCUGUAAUGCGACCUGAGCUGAUUAUGAAGUCCAUCAUUCCCGUUGUCAUGGCCGGAAUUAUAGCCAUCUACGGUCUGGUUGUCUCCGUGCUAAUUGCUGGCUCGUUGGGCACUAGUUAUACCAUACGCAAAGGCUACAUUCAUCUGGCGGCGGGAUUAUCGGUGGGAUUUUCCGGACUGGCUGCCGGGUUUGCCAUUGGCAUCGUUGGAGAUGCCGGAGUACGUGGAACUGCUCAACAACCGCGUCUAUUUGUGGGCAUGAUUCUUAUACUGAUCUUUGCCGAGGUAUUGGGUCUAUAUGGUCUGAUUGUGGCUAUUUAUUUGUAUACCAAGUAAUCAUGUUGAUGGAGUUCCUGUUGCCGUUUUUGUUUCAUUAAAAAGUCAUGACACAUGUGUACAGCUAUUGAACAGUCAUUG